AUGUCGGCGGCUAAAUGGUCGGAUAACUUCAGAAGACCAUGGCUAGGUAUGGGUAAUCAAGAACUUCUUAAUUAUUUUAGCACCUACAAUGCUGUGAAAGCUCGACAUUCUUAUGGCCCCCAGGGUCAUCGAGGGUUGAGUGUUUUGAUAUUUGAAGCCUCAGCUAUAGGUUAUCUUGGGGCUGAGCGUCUCCACAAGCACUUUGCAGCACAAGGAACUGACAGAGAUGCUUGGUUCAGCCACUACCGUAGAUUAUUUCUUCCUGGUGGCCGAAGACAGCUCUAUGGAUACAUGGCAGGAAAAGAAGACCUGGACUUUUUCAACAGACACUGCCAAGGUAAAUCUAGACUCAAAUAUGACAUGAGAUCAUACCAGGAGAUGGUUGUAAACCAACUUCGGCAAAUGCAUGAGGACAACCAGCUACUUAGUUAUUUGCAGGACAGGGAUGUUAAAAAACAAAAACAAACAAAAGCUCUUGAAGAAUCUCUGGGUAUGGUAACUGAGAAGCUGCGAAGGACAAGAGAGGAAAAUCGCAUUGUGAGGUUGAGAACUAAAAUGCAACACGAAGAGAACAAGGAAGAGAUGUACAUGCAAGAACAAUUUUUCAAGGACCAGAUCAGAAUCAUCCAUGAUUCAAGGGCUGCAAAAGAAGAAGAGUUUGAGAGGAUACAGCAGGAUAAACGUGAGAAGGUGAAGCCAUCAAGUUCUAGCCCUCUAAAUGAAGAGGAAGAGAGAGUCAAGGUGGACAUAUAUCUAGAAUUUGUUGAGUUUCAAGAUAAAGAAAUGGAAAACUUUGUUGCUGAAGUGGAGAAGCUCCGUGAAGCACAUAAAGACAAUGUUGCUACAAUGACGCGGAGGCACUGGGAGGAAAAGGUGCAGUUAGAAGAAAGUUUUAACGAUGAGCUAGCCAAGCUCAUGGAAAAGUACUCCCUAUCUCAUCCAGAAACCAAGUUUAAUGGUAGCUGA